AGCUAUCGCGUCAGUGAUGGAUCGGCUGCACGACUGGAGCUUUAAAUCAAAGAAAAUGGAGCUGGAGGAGGACUUCUACUUUGGCUACGGAGUGCAGGAAAUAACAGAUUACCAGGACCCCUCUGAACUCCUGGCUGCUCUCAAACAAAAGGAGGAAGAGGUUAUUUUGGCAGCGCAGCUGGGAAACGCUUUGCUCCUGGAAAACCGUCAGCUGAAGGAGAAGAGCGACAAGCUUCAUGAACAUUUCGCAGACAAGCUGGAGGAGCUGGAGCAGGGACGUCAUGAGCUGCGACUGAAGCUGGACGGCUGCCAGUCCCAGUGGGAGAGCCAGGUGGGAGACCUGGAGCGGGACGUGAGGGAGCUGAGCGCCCAGGUGGAGCAGCUGACCCGGGCGCUCGGCGAGGCCGACAGGGACAAGGGUCGACUGCAGGUGGAGCACAGCGAACAGACCCAGCGCCUCAGGGAGGAGCUCAGAACUGCGAUGGAGGUGGAGAGAGCCAUGUCCAGUGAGCUGCAGGCUCUGAAGCAGGAGCUCCAGCAGAAAGGAGGCAACAACCGGCAGCAGGACGAGGAGCUGAUCAGCGCCAUGAAGGAGCAGGUAUUGAGACUCACACAGAAGGAGCGGGAGCUGGAGCGGCGUUUGGAGAGCGUCAGUAAAGAAAACGCCGAGCUCAGAGGGAGUCUGGCCUCUUUGCAAACGCGUCUGGCCCGGCACGACCAACUGGACCAGCAGCACAGCCAGCAGCUUCGUGAGGCAUGGCAGGAGGUGGAGGCGGCUCGGGGUCGCUCGCAGCAGCUCCAGGCUCAGGUGGAGGAGCUGCAGGAGGAGGUGUCUCUACAGGAGAGCCGGAGCCACUCGGACGCCUCCCUCUUGUCUGAGCUGGAGGCGGCAGACUGGGGGGUCAGCAAAGAACAGAUGACAGAAGAAAUGGCCUCGAUCCUCCAGUUACUCCUCCCUCUGACCCGGGGCCUAAGCGGCUCGGACGUCGUGGGGCAGCAGGAGGAUCUGCAGGCCUUGCUGCACAGACUGAAGGGAGUGGCCCAAACUCUGUCAGAGGCAUCCAGUCCCCAGGAGGUGAAUCUGGGCUUUGUGGACAGGAUGGCUGAUCACUGUGAGAAUCUGCGCUCGGCACAGGAGCUGAGGGAUCAGAAUGUCCGGCUGCAGCAGGAGAAUGCGGAGUUGCUUCGCAAACUGCAGAGCAUGCAGGACCAAAAGGACUUCGUCCGGCAGGCCAUCAAAGACCGGGAUGAAGCUAUCGCCAAAAAAAACUUGAUGGAGGAUGAAUUGGUGCGAAGCAAAAACGACAUGAUGUGUUUGAACAACCAGCUAUUAGACGCUAUCCAACGUAAACUGGAGCUGUCCCAGGAGCUGGAGGCCUGGCAGGAUGACAUCCAGAUUGUCAUCAACCAGCAGCUGAAGUCGCAGCAGCAGACGGAGGAACCCCAGAAGAAGCCCGCCUCCAACGGCCUGUCGUUCUUCCGACGACCAAGCAGGACGGGCUCCACCUGGACACGGCAGCUUUCCUCCUCUUCCUCCUCUUGGAUUUCAGACAGUAACACGGACAAAGUCCAGUCGCCCUGGAGAGACUGGCUAAGAGUGGGGAAAGGGGCACAGUUUGGAAAAUAAUCUCCUACAGAGCGCCACAGACUGCUAGUUACGGGAACAUGAAGUAAAAAAAAGAUCAGACCAAAUGACAAGUGAAGGAAAAAAAAGAGCCAGAAGUUACCUCUGAGAUGAAGGACGUGAACAAAGACUUUCCUAACAGACACAUGUACUGCAAAACAUUUCAGUGAAGGCUGAGCCUUCUCCAGAUACAAACUGUGACAACAUAGAAAAAAAACAGCAUUUUUUUAGAAAACUGCUGACAGAUUGUAAAUACUGUCCUUUAUUUUGUUUAUUAUAAACAAUAUAAUGGUUACAUGAUGUUUGUAAUUCAGUCGAAAGUAUUUGUUUAGGUUAUUUAACUUGACCUUUAAACACUUAAUUUUCUGCCACACUGAAUUUAUUUCCACCAAGUUGGAUGUCGAAGUAUGUGUACUCAAAAAGUUAUAUUUUUUUGUCCUGAAAUGUACAGUAAUGUAUUAUUUUUUUGAUAAAUUAUGAUUUGUUUUUUUGUUAACAAGUCAUUUUUUCCCUGAAUGUUUACUUGGUAUAAUGUGCUUUGUUGCAGCACACACUGAAGUUUGAAGUUGCUCAGCCAUAAACUAUGUUGUUUCCUAAA